AUGGAAUUGAUAAGUACUAUAGAAACUAUAGAUAAAGCUAGUAGCGGGUUAUCGGGGUUUGGAAUUAAUUUACCGCAAUAUAUUGAAGGAGCUGUAGAGAUUGGUAAAAUCAUUAGUCAUACGGUUAUCGCAGUAUUAACAGGCAAUAUUGCAUUCCUUGUUGAUGACAUUGUUUCAUAUGCUCAAGCAGCUAAACACUGUAAGGCUGAAUGUAAACGUCUUGGUGAACAAUUCAAAAUAGCACGUGAUUCAGCCAAGGAAUUACUAGAACAACUAGAAAAAACACCUAAAGAGAUAGAAAAUAAGAAUUUCGUAUCAGCAUUAAAAGCAUUUGCUAUUGUUUUAGAGGAUGGUCGAGCCGUUGUAAAACAACAUGCAGAAGCAAAAUAUGGAUUAAAAAUCUUUUUUGCAAAGAAAUUUGCAGCGGAAUUUCAAGACAUCGAAGAUCGAUUAGAUCAAGCAUGUAAUCGCCUCAAUUUCGCUAUCAACAUUCGUCAUUUUGUUGAUAGUCAAUAUGCGGAAGAAAUUCAAAAAGCAUGGCAUGAAGAAGAUAAAAUUGCAUUCGCAGAGUUAAAUAAUAUUGUUAAAGAAUCUUUGAAAGAAAUUCGUGGUUAUAAACUGUCAUCGAAUCCACCUACACAGUUAGGUACCAGAAUUACUUUAAGGGAACUGUCUAAUAUACAGCAAUUCAAUGCGGGCAGACUUUUUACGGCUAAUUAUCAUACUGUAGAUAGCAACGGACAGACUAAGGUUACAAAAGUAGUCAUCAAAGUGACAAUGGCCCAAGAAUCUGUAGUUGAUGAUGUAUCAAAAUUUUCACUAGAGGUUGCAUAUUUGAGAAAAUUGGUUUCAUGUCCAAAUAUCAUUGACCUUAUUGGUGUUACUAAUAUCCGUGGAAAUAUGUCACUAGUUUUGGAAUAUUGUGAAAAUGGAGACUUACAAAAUUUUAUUUCAUCGGGUAAAUUGAAAGGUGAUUGGGGAAAGAAACGUAGCAUCGCUUUGGGUUUAGCCCAAGGCAUGGCAUUCCUUCAUAAAGCAGGAAUUUUGCAUAAAUACAUCAACAGUGCGAAUGUUCUUUUGGAUAGUCAUUUUCAAGCAAAGAUCACGAAUUUUCGUAGAUCUCGCUGGAUCGAUACGGGAAGUCUUGGGGUAGUUGAUUCAUUUGAAGAACAAAUUCGUUGGACAGCACCAGAACGUCUUGGCGAUAGUGUUACAACUUUUACUGAAGAGUGUGAUGUUUUUUCGUUCGGUGUCGUGUUUUAUGAAAUCGUUUGCGAAAAAUUUCCAUGGGAAGGCUUAAAUUUAAACAAUGUUUAUAAAGUUAGAAACGAAGGAAAGGAACUUAUUCUUCCUUCUGAUAUACCACCUGCUAUAUCUAGUAUCUAUACUAAUUGUACCCACAUAGUACCGAACAGACGUUUCAAAACUAAUGACAUUAUAUAUCAUCUCGAAGCAAUCCGACCCGAGGAUUUGGAUGGCACUAUACAAUUUAAUGGGGAAGAUAAAGACAUAGUUAAUGACGUAUUAAUUGUAGAAGAAAAAAAUAAUUAUCUUAAACCUGAAUCUGUUCGUUAUCUCUCUAUUUCUGAUAUUUCUGAUGAAGAAGAUUCUGGUCGCAGCUUAUAUCCAAAAGAAAUAUUAGAGAAUGCUGAGACUUAUCAUCAACGAAGAGAUUAUAUAAAAGCAAGGAGUGAAUAUGAAAAAGUUAAAGAUGACUUUCCUCACGCCUUAUUCCGAUUGGGUGAAUAUUGUUAUUUUGCUAAAGGCGUUGCAGAAAAUAUCCCACAAGCUAUUCAGUAUUUUGAAAAGGCUAUCGAAGGUGGUGAUGGUGAUGCAAUGGAUAUGAUGGGUUAUAUAUAUUUAACUGGCAAAGGACAUCAGAAGGAUAGAAUAAAAGCCGUAAAAUUUUUUACACAAGCUGUAGAAAAAGGGAUACCUCACGGGAUGUACCAUUUAGGUGUUUGCUAUUUCAAGGGGCUUGGAGGUUUGAAAAUAGACUUGGAAGAAUCGAAAAAAUUAAUGUUGAAAGCUGCAAGUUUAGGGAAUGAAGAAGCUAAAAAUUUUGCCCAUCAACAACAAUGGGUCUAA